UCUAGUUCUGUUGUCUUUGUGUAAAGCAGUGGAGCGCCUGAUCUCACGCUAUCACUCUUCCCCGAAUCCUUUUAAAACUCUCCCCCGGGUUUCUACCCUCCCGAACCUCUCCCCUUCUACCCCACCCUCCCCCCGACAACACAUCUCAAAACACGGAUCAGAUCCCACCGUUGUGACCAAAGACCCCCAGUUGUGACCCCUUCAGCAGUAGCUACUCCCAUCCAGUGCUAGUUAUGGACUCCGGUGUGAUUGAAGGAGGACUCAAUGUCACCCUCACCAUUAGAUUGCUGAUGCACGGCAAGGAAGUUGGAAGCAUCAUUGGCAAGAAAGGUGAAUCUGUGAAGAAGAUGAGAGAAGAGAGCGGGGCUCGCAUCAACAUCUCAGAGGGGAACUGUCCUGAGAGGAUCAUCACUCUGGCAGGCCCCACCACCGCCAUCUUCAAAGCAUUCUCCAUGAUCAUCGAAAAGCUGGAAGAGGAUAUCAGCAGCUCCAUGACGAACAGCACGGCCACCAGCAAGCCCCCGGUCACCCUCCGCAUCGUGGUGCCAGCCAGCCAGUGUGGUUCCCUGAUCGGCAAGGGAGGCUGUAAGAUCAAAGAAAUCAGAGAGUCGACAGGUGCUCAGGUUCAGGUGGCAGGAGACAUGCUUCCUAACUCAACAGAACGGGCCAUCACCAUCGCAGGGACCCCCCAGUCCAUUAUCGAGUGUGUCAAGCAGAUCUGCGUGGUUAUGCUCGAGGUAAGUUCUCCCCCUAAGGGGGUCACCAUCCCAUACCGACCCAAACCUUCAGGAUCCCCUGUCAUCUUCGCAGGAGGACAGGCGUACGCCGUUCAAGGACAACAUGCCAUACCCCAGCCAGAUUCUUCCUCUGCCUCCAUCUCUCCACAGCUCACCAAGCUACACCAGCUGGCAAUGCAGCAGAGUCCCUUUCCCAUGGCCCCCAACAACCAGGGGUUCCAAGAUUUAGGAGGGAUGGAUGCCUCUGCCCAAACUAGCUCCCAUGAGAUGACCAUUCCAAAUGAUUUGAUUGGCUGCAUCAUCGGUCGCCAGGGUUCUAAGAUCAAUGAGAUCCGGCAGAUGUCGGGUGCCCAGAUAAAGAUAGCCAACCCCGUGGAGGGCUCCGCGGACAGACAGGUCACCAUCACUGGUUCCGCCGCCUCCAUCAGCCUGGCAGAGUACCUCAUCAACGCCAGGCUCUCAUCCGAAGCGACAGGACUGGCGGCCAACUGAUAGAACAGACUACAUAGAUCUGAUCUGCACUAACCCCCCCUCCCCACUUUUUACCUUCUACCACCCAUCGAUCCAUCACUCGGCUCUCCUUUAAAGUGGUCAAUGCAACUAUCCAACUUAGUUUUUACCUUUUUUCAUUUCUUUUUUUUGUUUUGUUAAAAAAUCACCACCCACCAGAUUUUUUUAUUUAAUUUGAUCUGAAUUCAUUGUUUUUACGAAGAAAACAAUGAGGUUUUUAAGUCCCUGUUGGAAGUUUUUAAAGAUUUAUUCAUAGAUAAAUAAAUUUGCCGAUGGAAAGCUCUCCUAGUCUUUCUUUAUACUGUCACGACUAGAGGAGAAUAAUCUGAAGGUUUAAUUCUGUAAAAGUUCAAUUUUUGUUUUCUUUAAAAAGGAAAAGGGGGAAAAAAACGAAAAAUAAAUCUCAAAAAUAAAAAUAGAUUGACUGUUUCCCUGCAUAUUUAAACCCCCUCCCCCAUUCCCUAGUCAUUUUAUCCAUUUGAAUAUCUGCAAAAACUCACCUUGGUUUAAUGUUCAUCACCAAAGGGGGAAUAUGGAGCUUGUGCUAUCGUCACUGCUGGUAUUUUGGGUAUGACAAACAUCUCUAACAGUACUAGAAGACGUGGAUAUUGCAUUAAUGGAAAAUACUUUAAAACCGGCGUGCAAACACAUUUCACCUGAAACUUUUUGUUUCCGUGUCAUUCCUAAGUUUCUACCUUUCCUUUUACCCCGUGUCAUAUGUUCAGGGUGUGUCCCAAAUUGCACACUAGUCCCUAUAUAGUGCACUAUAAACGCAAUAGGGUGCCAUUUGGGACGUCGACUAUAUUGCUGGGGUCGGGAGGUUGUUGGGGUUCGGCUCGAGGGCUAGGAAGUAGAGGACAAUCCUCGUUUUUCUUUAAAGACUGAUAAUACCACAAAAAUAGUUGGAAUAUUUGUUUUAAAUUGUUUCUUUUUUAUUUACCAAAGGGGAUAGAGUUCUGAAUAAUGACAGGCGUGUGUGUCUAAGUGUGCGGAGAGAAACUAAGAUAUUAUGGAUGGUCGUUAAGCUGAAACUAAGACAACGAAAAGGGCGAUUUAAAUUAGUUAACACUAGUUUCCUGCUCUUUGCUGAAGUCAGAUUUUAUUUUUUAUUAUUUGCAGGAAAUAAACCUUUUGUGCACGUUUUUGGAAAGACUGUAGACCUGGGUGCCACCACAUUGUUAAAAUAAACUACAGAAAUAAAGAUGUGAAAUGCUCAAACUACAAA